AUGGCUACAUGCAUGGGAGCUCAAAAUGCAGUCUGUCGAAGUUUACGGAGGGUUCGUCCUCAACGGCCAUUGAUAUACACCCUGAAGCCCGCAACAAGAACCCGCCAAUUCCAUUCAUCGAGAGUUCGUCGUGAAGCACAUGAGAACAACCAGAAGAACAGUCAGAAAAACGAUCAAAAUGGAUCAUUUACAUCACGUCUAGGCCAUGCCUGGAAGGACACGAAGAUCGAAUGGCAGCCAAUUCCUAUCGGUCUCGGGAUCGGCUUUCUGGGACUGUGGCAGCUUUAUCGAGUAAGAAGGGAUACAGAGCGAUUGAGAGACCAGGAGAUAGAAGAAGAUGGAAAUCCACCGCGUCGAAAGAGAAUCCGGCCGUCAGGACCUUGGCAGGUGCAGGUCAUGUCAACGCUGCCCCUGAAAGCCUUGUCACGAUUAUGGGGACGAUUCAACGAACUUGACCUGCCAAUGCCUCUACGUAUCCCAGGUUUCAAGUUAUAUUCUUGGAUAUUUGGCGUCAAUCUGGACGAAGUUCAGGAGCCAGACCUUCGAACUUAUCCGAACCUGGCGUCCUUCUUCUAUCGUGAACUGAAACCUGGUGUGCGUCCGAUAGAUCAGGAUCCAAAUGCCAUCGUAUCGCCAUCCGACGGAAAAGUCCUGUCGUUUGGUAUGAUUGAACGUGGUGAGGUUGAGCAAGUCAAGGGUAUGACGUAUAGUCUGGAGGCAUUACUUGGAGAGGCUAGUCCUUCACGGGCAGCAAUGGAAAGCCAUGGAGUCAGGCCUGCAGACAUGGAACAUGCACCCGGGAACAUGGCCAUGGAUGAAGAAUUCGCUACCGUCAACGGCAUUUCAUAUACUCUGCCUCAUCUGAUGUCGGGUUCGAAGAAUAAGCCAAAGAAAGAAACAGCCAUGGAUGCAUCCACUGCAUCAGGACCAUCAUCAGAAGCAAAAGUCAAGGCGGACUUAGCGCUGGGUGAUGGACGUCCUUGGUACGCACCCAAAGCAUCAAACAAUGCCCUAUAUUACUGUGUGAUCUACUUGGCGCCUGGCGACUAUCACCGUUUCCAUUCACCAAUCUCCUGGGUUGUUGAGAGCCGUCGACAUUUCGCCGGUGAACUCUACUCUGUGUCUCCGUCAUUGGCGCUGGGGUUUCUUUAG